GGAAAGGCAGUUGCUGUGUCUAUUUAUAAAGAACUUCUCGAACUUCCAUAUCUCCAACGCUGUAGCCAACUCAAGUCGGCUACCAUACCACUUCACCACCAAGUUGUCCAUCUACAGCAACCAAAUAUAUAUAUAUAUAUAGAGAGAGAGAGAGAGAGACAGAAAUUAAUGGCUUCAGAGAAGGUAGAGACAGUUGUAGCCGGAAACUACAUGGAGAUGGAGAGAGAAGAAGGCGAUCCCAAUACUGCAAAGAGCAGAGUAUCCAGGUUUUUCUGGCACGGCGGCUCCGUCUAUGAUGCCUGGUUCAGCUGUGCUUCUAACCAGGUUGCACAAGUGCUGCUCACACUGCCUUACUCAUUUUCGCAACUGGGAAUGUUAUCUGGGAUUCUCUUUCAACUGUUCUAUGGGUUGAUGGGCAGCUGGACUGCUUACCUCAUUAGUGUACUUUACGUCGAGUACAGAACUAGAAAAGAGAGGGAGAAGGUCGAUUUUAGGAACCAUAUCAUUCAGUGGUUCGAAGUUCUUGAUGGGCUACUGGGAAAAAACUGGAGGAACGUAGGCCUCUUUUUCAACUGCACUUUCCUUCUUUUCGGAUCCGUGAUCCAGUUAAUUGCCUGUGCAAGUAACAUCUACUACAUAAACGAUAACCUGGACAAGAGGACAUGGACAUACAUCUUUGGGGCAUGCUGCGCUACCACUGUGUUCAUUCCUUCUUUCCACAAUUACAGAAUUUGGUCAUUUUUAGGCCUUCUCUUGACAUCUUACACCGCAUGGUACCUCACCACUGCUUCCCUCCUCCACGGACAGAUUGAGGGAGUGAAGCACUCGGGUCCAACCAGAAUGGUUCUUUACUUUACUGGAGCCACCAACAUUCUUUACACCUUUGGAGGGCAUGCUGUCACUGUGGAGAUAAUGCAUGCGAUGUGGAAGCCACAGAAGUUCAAGGUGAUAUACUUGGUGGCAACGCUGUACGUGCUGACGCUGACGCUUCCGUCGGCGUCCGCGGUAUACUGGGCAUUUGGGGACGCGCUGCUCACCCAUUCCAACGCGCUGUCACUGCUCCCGAGGACUGGGUUCAGGGACGCCGCGGUGAUCUUCAUGCUGAUCCACCAGUUCAUAACCUUUGGCUUUGCGUGCACGCCGUUGUACUUCGUGUGGGAGAAGCUGAUAAGGGUGCACAGGACGAAGAGCUUAAUGAAGCGGGCGGUGGCCAGGCUGCCGGUGGUCAUCCCCAUCUGGUUCCUGGCCAUCGUCUUCCCUUUCUUUGGUCCCAUCAACUCCACCGUUGGCUCCCUGCUUGUUAGCUUCACCGUCUACAUUAUUCCCGCCUUGGCCCACAUGAUUACUUUCGCUUCUCCUUCUGCUCGAGAGAAUGCAGUGGAGAGACCACCAUCGUGGCUGGGGGGUUGGGCUGGAUUGUACUGCAUGAACAUAUUUGUGGUGGGAUGGGUCUUGGUGGUGGGAUUUGGAUUCGGAGGAUGGGCGAGCAUGCUCAACUUCAUUCAGCAAAUUGAUACAUUCGGUCUCUUCACCAAGUGCUAUCAGUGUCCCCCUGCUCACAAGCCUUGACACACCACUUCCAAAUUAAAGGAUCAACUACUACAGUAAUUAUAUAUUAUGAUACAAAUAUAUUUAAGUAAGCGCGUAAAGAGAUUGCCUGCCAUUUAUAAUUUGUAACCUUCAUUUUUCCCCCUUCCUCCUUCUCUCUUGCUCUUUUGCCUAUGCUUUUUUGUAGUUUGCAAGGUGUGUUGUUCCAAUCUUCUAAUUAAGAAAUACAACCCCCUGUUAUUGUUUUUGUGGGA